UCAUCUCCCGCCAGCUCACUCACCAUGCCUGAACCAACAAAGAUCGCUAUUCCGGUACCCUCAGAGGACCCCACGAAGAAGGCAAAAGAGACUGCCAAAAAUGACCUCAAGUCCAAACCCGGUGCGAAGGAGGAGAAUGAACUCUCGGAGGAGGACCUUCAGCUGCGGAAUGAGCUGGAAAUGCUUGUAGAACGGUUAAAGGAAUCAAACACAAGCCUUUAUCGACCAGCGCUCGAAACUCUUCGAACUCUGAUCAGGACCUCUACUUCGUCCAUGACGUCUGUGCCUAAACCGCUGAAGUUCCUUCGACCACACUACCCGGAACUACAGACUCUGUACGAGACCUGGCCUGCCUCCGAAGACAAGAGUCUUUUUGCAGACAUACUCUCCGUUCUCGCAAUGACCUACUCCGAUACUCAACCGCGUGGCACCCUCCGCUACCGUCUUCUCGCAGCUUCCCUCCGCCCCUCCACAUCUCCUCUCUCCGACCCAGGUGAAUGGGGACACGAAUACGUCCGCCAUCUUGCUGCAGAACUCGGCGAAGAGUUUACUCUUCGUGAGACGGGCGAAAUCGAGGUCAUUUCCGCUCCCGCACCGGACGCCACACCUGCCGAUGCGGCCAAACCGGACGGUGCGGCUGACGGGACGGAGAAAGACGUCGAGGCAGCACGUCAGGAACCUUUGAAAGUUGGCACACUGGACGACCUGAGAAGUCUCGCGGUGGAUUGCGCAAAGUUCUUAUUGGGUCAUAAUGCUGAACCAGACGCUGUGGAUCUGCUGGAGGAGAUGGAAAUUGUGGAUAGGCUUGUGGAACUCGUCGAUGAGAACACAUUUGCACGAGUCUGUGCUUACAUGAUUGCCUGUGUCAACCUACUCCCGCCACCAGACGACCUCGCGUUCCUCAAGACAGCACACAAUAUCUAUGAACGGCACCACAGAUUCCCUCAAGCACUCGCUCUUGCCAUCCGACUCAACGACCCUGAGCUCAUCCGCAAAGAUUUCAGCGCUCCUGGCAACCCUCUCAUGAAACGUCAACUAGCAUACAUACUCGCCCGAGCACAAACACCACUCGAGUGGCUUCAGGACUCUUCUGGUGACGAUGAGGAGCCUGAAGAACUCCCAGAAGAUUUGCUCAACUGCUUGUACAACACAAACUUGAGCGAACACUUCAAGGAGUUUGGGAAGGAGGUCGGCGUUGAGGAUGCAAAGAGUCUUGAAGAUGUUUACAAGAGCCACUUGGAGAACACUCGCUCAUCAACAGCGAAUGUCGACUCUGCUCGUGGUAACUUGGCUGGAACAUUCGUCAACGCCUUUGUCAACGCCGGAUUUGGCAACGACAAGCUAAUGGUGGAAGCAGACGAGGGAAACAGCUGGAUCUACAAGAACAAGGAUCACGGUAUGAUGUCUGCCGCCGCCAGCCUUGGUCUUUCUCUGCUCUGGGAUACCGAUCUCGGUCUUUCACACGUCGAUAAGUACACGUAUUCCUCAGAAGAGUACAUCAAAGCUGGCGCCCUCCUUGCCACAGGCAUCCUCAACACCUCCAUCCGAUCCGAGAACGAUACCGCCAAGGCUCUUCUGGGCGAGUACGUCGAGAACAAGUCCGUACCUCUCAAGACGGGAGCCAUCGUCGGUCUUGGGUUGGCCUACGCAGGGUCACAUCGGAGGGAUCUAGCGGAACUAUUGCUGCCGCUUGUGGCGGAUGAUGCGAUAGGCAUGGAGAUCGCGAGUUUGUCUGCGUUGGCGAUUGGCUUCAUUUUUGUGGGAAGUGAGGACGGAGAGGCGAGCAGCACGAUUUUGCAGACGUUGAUGGAGAGGGAGGACAAGCAGUUGGAGGAGAAGUGGGCACGAUUUAUGGGUCUGGGUCUGGCGCUUCUUUAUUUGGGUCAACAGGCAACCGAUUCUUACGAUGCGACGGUUGAGACGCUCAAGGCGAUUCCACACCAGGUAUCGAAGCAGAUCCAGAUUCUUGUCGAGAUGUGCGCCUUCGCUGGCACGGGCAACGUCCUCAAAGUCCAGUCCAUGCUGCACUACUGCGACGAGCACAUAGGUUCGUCAAGCGAGAAGGAGAAAGAGAAGGAUAAGGAGGAUGGCCAGGCCGAGGGCGAGAAGGAAGAGGAUGUGAAGGUCGACGACACCUUCCAAGCCUUCGCUGUUCUGGGCAUCGCACUGGUGGCGAUGGGUGAGGAUAUUGGUUCUGAAAUGUCACUCAGACAAUUCAACCAUCUUAUGCACUACGGCGAGCCCGUCAUCCGCAAAACCGUCCCUCUAGCUCUCGGCCUCGUCAGCGCUUCAAACCCACAACUUCCCAUCCUCGACACACUCUCCAAAUACUCCCACGACAAUGACCUCCAAGUCGCUCUCAACGCCAUCUUCGCCAUGGGUCUCGUCGGCGCAGGUACCAAUAAUGCUCGUCUCGCGCAGAUGCUCAGGCAAUUGGCCGGAUACUACCACAAGGAACCAGAUUGUCUGUUCGUUGUGAGAAUUGCGCAGGGGCUGGUGCAUAUGGGCAAGGGAACGAUCGGGAUCAAUCCGUUCUUCUUGGAUAGGUCGGUCAUGAGCAGAACGGCUGUGGCGGGUAUACUGGCUACGUUGACGGCGUUCACGGACGCGAAAGCCUUUGUGCUGGAUAAGUACCAUUGGAUGUUGUACUUCUUGACAACGGCCAUGUACCCUCGCUUCCUCAUCACUGUCGACGAGGACCUGCAAAGCAAGCCGGUCACCGUCCGUGUCGGCCAGGCUGUCGACGUUGUCGGGCAAGCCGGCAAGCCACGCACGAUCUCAGGCUUCCAGACACAUCAAACACCGGUGCGACUGGCAACCACGGAGAGGGCAGAGCUCGCCACAGAAGAGUUUAUCCCCUUCGCGUCCGUGCUCGAGGGCUUUGUUAUCUUGCAAAAGAACCCUGGGUGGGAGGAGGACAAGAUGGACAUUUAGACGGUUCUUGUCGGACGUUUGGUGAUGCCAUGUCCGUGAGCGGUGUUUUGUUGGCGGUCGUUGUCGAUGUUUUUUGUACUGUGGGAAGUUAUCAUAAAAUAAUGAGCUUUGUUUUUUCAUCUGUCC